GGCAUUCAGCUAGCUCAAUUGCAAGCUGAAGAUGAAGAUGUCGCUGCUUCGACGCGUUGGGCUUUUGGCUCUGCUGGCCUUUUUGCUGGCACCGGCCGCAUUUGUGGAUGCCACCUGCGGCUAUUGCUACGGCUCGCACACCUGCCUCAGCAAUACCACCUUCCAGCUGUGCUUCAAUAAAACUCCAAGUCCGGAUCAUAGCUUCACAUGUCCGGAUGAUAAGCCAAUUUGCACGCAAUACGGCGAUAUUUGUAUGGAAACGGAUGUUCCGCCAGCCUGUGGUGAUACUUCGAAGUGUAAUCAGUGCGGAAAUGGGGAAAUCUAUGCCUGCGCCUCCCUCACCACCUUUGGCAGUUGCGAUGGCGGUGAACUGAUGCCCGAAAGAAGCACCUGCCCCAACGAGUGGUUCUGCAGCAUCAGAGGUGCGAGCAUUGGAACCCCCUGUGUGUUAGCAUGCGAGCCGGAUGUUGACGACACUUGCGAUCGCAUUGACAAUGAUGCGGUAGCGACAACACCUGUCCCCAACACUACUCCUGGUGGUUCCACUCCCAACAGCUAUUGUCAAAGUACUCAAAUCGUUGGUAAAUUCCCCUUAGCGAACGACGCAGUCUGCACCAGCUUCGUCUACUGCUUCUUCCGGGACAACGUGUGGAACGGUGCCAUAUACAACUGCCCUACAAAUAAGCCGUACUUCAAUGCAAUCUCCGGCUGUGGUGCGACAAGGCCAACUGGUGUAGGUUGCAAGUAAUGAAGUUCGUCUAAUAUAUAAAUAUAUAUAUUUGAAUAUCGAUUUAUACCAAUAUUUACAUAGCUCUAAUUGUAUAAUAAAGCGUGACUUAUCCCCAUUAG